UUGGACCCUAGCCCAGCCUCCUCUCUCACUCUGAGGCAUCUGUCAGAUCCCCAGGCUAGAGGGCCAGCAUCUUUGUCAUUGAGUCCCUGCUCUGCAGAAACACCAAGAAGUCAUUUCUGGUGUGGACCAUGUCCCUGUUUCCAUCACUCCCUCUCCUUCUCCUGAGUGUGUUGGCAGCAUCUUACUCAGAAACUGUGACCUCUGAGGAUGCCCAAAAGACCUGUCCCGCAGUGAUUGCCUGCAGCUCUCCAGGCAUCAACGGCUUCCCAGGAAAAGAUGGGCGUGAUGGCACCAAGGGAGAAAAGGGGGAGCCAGGCCAAGGGCUCAGAGGCUUGCAAGGCCCUCCUGGAAAGUUGGGGCCUCCAGGAAAUCCAGGGCCUUCUGGGUCACCAGGGGCCAAGGGCCAAAAAGGAGACCCUGGAGCCAGUCCAGAUUGUGAUUGUAGCCUGGUUAACUCAGAAAGAAAAGCUCUGCAAACAGAAAUGAAUCGUAUCAAAAAGUGGGUAACCUUCUCUCUGGGCAAACAAAUUGGAAAGAAGCUCUUCCUGACCAAUGGUGAAACAAUGACCUUUGACAAAGUGAAGGCCCUGUGUGCCCAAUUCCAGGCCUCUGUGGCCACCCCCAUGAAUCAGGCAGAGAACACGGCCAUCCAGAGUCUGGUCAAAGAAGAAGCCUUCCUGGGCAUCACUGAUGAGGAGAUGGAAGGGCGGUUCGUGGAUCUGACAGGAAGAAGACUGACCUACACAAACUGGAAUGAGGGUGAGCCCAAUGAUGCCAAUUCCAGGGAAGACUGUGUAGCGCUCCGGAGAAGUGGCCAGUGGAAUGAUGUCCCCUGUUCCUACUCCCUUCUGGCCAUCUGCGAGUUCCCUGUCUGAAGGGUCACAUGACUCGGGCCCCCCUUGUCCUUUUACUGUAAUCCACAGGCCCACACUCUGCUUGGAAAGAUAAAUUAUGUCAAUUUCCCCAUA